AGGUGCCUCUGUGACGAGCCGCCAUCGUCGCGCGCCUCGCGAGGCUCAGCUCAGCUCAUCUUCCUCAACCACCGCUGCCCGCUGCUGAUCUCGGCCCACAAAACGAGAGAAAUGGCCACUUUCCUCACGCCGCACACCUCUGCGACUCCUCCGAGGAAACGGCUGCGGACGAUAAAGGCCUGCAAAGGCUGCCAUGUCCGCAAGUCCAAGUGCGACGGCAUCAGACCGACGUGUGGGCCUUGCAUGCGGCGACAGACCAAGUCGGUCGACUCUGUCCUCUGCACCUACGACGACCAGCAGCUGCGGCGGCAACGGACGGGAUCUAGUGUCGAGAACGAGAUCGAGGACGCGACCGGCGGGAGUAUCAGAAGCAGUCCGCAGCAGACCGCGUGGAAGAGAGAAACGAGCGACGCUGCGUAUCCUUCCUCGGCGCCACUGGCAGGACCAGAGCGGACUAUGCAGAGCAUGCAGGCCGUCUUUCAGCAGUCUGAGACUGUAGGACAGCAGCAGCAGCAGCAGCAACAACAGCAGCUCGACCAGACACCGGCGGUCUCGACAGCGACGCAGACGCAGACAGCAGUCUCGGGCGACGACGCAUUGUCGACGCAGAUCCCAUCAUCCGCAACCGGCAUUGUAUCGAACGCAGACUCGCAUUUCGGCCAGUCGUCAAUGUUCAUGUUUAUGGAAAACAUGAAAAACUACAUCUCACACGUCCGCAACAGCAAUAAUCCUCGUGUCGGCGAGUCUCAUCCGUACAGACCGAAGUUCACCGCCGCCGCUGUCACCGCAGCCACAGUGCACCCUGCGAAACGGCCGACAAAGGUACCAUUCAGACACCCAUCAGGCAGACCAUGGACCAUCCGAGACGUCAAGCUCCCGCCUCGGAAGCUUGCAGACGAGCUUUGCGAGCGGUAUUUAUUUGUGGUCUUCCCGGUAUAUCCAUUCGUGCACUGGCCGUGGUUUCUCAAAGAUCUCAACGCACUCUACGCCGCCUACGAGCACCCCGAGGACGAGUGUUUAGAACCCCCGCGGGCGUUUUUCUACUGUCUUGUCAAUCUAGUGUUUUCAAUGACUGCUCAGUUUUGCCCCUCGCUUCCGGUGUCGGAGCGCGAGGAACUCAGCUCGACGUUUUAUAACCGCGCCUGGGAGCUGAUUGAUCUGAAAGUGGUCACUUCAACUGUCGAUGUCGAGCUGGUGCAGAUUUUGCUGCUCUCGAGCAAGCGUCUACAAGCCGGCCACGAUCCAAACCAGUGCUGGAAUAUUCUCUCUCUGGCAGUCCGCGUGGCCCAGUCGUGUGGGUUGCACAUCGAUCCUGUUGAGCUGGGCGAGACGAAUUUAGUGAUGGUCACUCUGCGGCGGAGGUUAUGGUGGGGCUGUGUAAUUCUGGACAAGCUGCUGGCAGUAUCGCUCGGUCGGCCGUCGAUGAUUCAUGCGACGUUUGAUGUCAAGUUCCCGAUUGCUGCGCGCGACUCGGAUAUCACGGAAACCACCCCGGUGGAAGACGAAGAUCUGAUCCCGGAGUAUAGGCGGAUGGUGUAUUUCUCGCACUCGAUCCGGAUGCAUUUGAUUGCCGGAAGCGCUGCCGAGGAACUAUCUUUCCGACCGAGGACGCUAAAAAGCCUGAGCACGGCUGAUCGCAAGCGAAAGUUUACUGGCAACAAAAACGAGGUUGAGUUGAUUCUGAAGUAUCUGCGAGAACUUGAUGAUUGGUACCAGCAAAUACCAGCGUACUUAAAGUCAGAGCCUCCGAAGGGUGCAGAGAACCCUCCGACGUCGGUUGACAGUGACGGGAGCCCCGACGCUGCGCUGACUAUGCUGUCACGGGUGCUGAAGCUGCGGUACUUGCAGACGCAGGUUAUGGUGCUGCGGCCGAGUCUGACAUAUUUGAUACGGAUGCAGAUGAGCAACAGUAGUUUGAAGCAGCGGGGAGAUGGUUCGGUCGAGCACGUCACGCUGAAUGCGUACAUGAACUAUGCGUACCUCUGCGCAAACAGUUCGAUGGACCUGAUUCAGGCUGUGUAUGACAGUCUCAACACUGGUCCGGGCGUUGGCACGACGUGGUGGUAUAAUCUUUAUUAUUUGUACACAGCGUCUGCGAUAAUGCUAGCGGCGCACCUCGUACCUACGGUCUGGGAUAGACUUGACCAGGCCAAGGCGCGGCGGUCGUGGACGAUGGUCGAGGACAUUAUGACGGCGUUGCAAGGAACGACAAAGACAGCGGCGCGAUAUAUGGCGUACCUGAUUAGAAUGAGAGAGCUGAUUGUGAAUAUCAACUCGUCGCUCGCAACGGCCGAGCCAUCGCCGAGCUCGAUGCAGUCCCUGGACACCAGUGCUACUGGUAUCACCAGCGACAACAGCAGCAGUAGCAGCAGCAGUAGUAGCGGUGAUACUACCGAGCAGCAACUUCGUGCUACGGCUGCCAGAACGCCGAUAUCGCUCACGUCGGCUGCGAGUCCUGGUACGCGAAGCAACAUAUACAGCCUGAUUGAGCUGACUGGUGGGUUUUCCUUUCUUGUCUUUUAUCUUAUGAUUGCUAACAGGUUGUGCAUAUAGAGCCGGCGCAGGUGGUGCAAAACAGUAAGGACAUAAUCUUGGACGAGGAGCUUAACUGGUUUAAUAGUAUGCUCCUCGAUGGGUCGUUUACGGACACGGAUCAGAUGAACAACUAUCAGAUGAAUUACGCGGGGUUUUUGGGUUGAGGACUGUAUUUAUAUAUUAAUGAUGAUGAC